AUGUCAGCUUAUGUCUCGCCCAGUCCUGCUGCAUUUGCUUCCAGUUUCAACAACUCCCGUCGACCGACCCAUCAACCGUCCACGCGCUCAGCUGCUGCACGAGUCCAGUCGAUCCAUCACACCUCGUGCUCCAACAAUAAUAAUCACUUUGAACGCAAUUUAACUGGAGACAGCUCCGAUGAUGAAGACCUUGCGCCCAUCAAGUUGAGUGCUGAAGCUCAAGCAAUAUUGGGGGAGGACAAUUCACAGCCGGACGCCAACAAGGAGAACGCGGAACCUCCGCCUCGAAGAACAAGGCCUGUCAGCGUUUCAAACCGCAUUACCAGAGGUACUCCUGUCGACUCGUUGAGAAAUGUUAGUCCUCAAGUGCAGCUAGAUGGGAGUCCUGCUCCCCGUGUGGUUCGUGUGACUUCCGGAACGCGGCCGGGACCACCAACAAUCCUUGGAAGAGAUGGUUCGUUUAUGUACAAAAUCCACGAUAAAUCCACUGCUCAUCUACGCCCGGAAGCAAGUGAUUCACAGACUCCAGCACCCAGAGUCAGGCGGAUACGCAUUAGCGACUCGAGACGCCUGUCGAGAUCGCCACCAUCGGAGAAACAAUCCGAUUCUAUGAGAGAAGAUAUGCAUGUGGAUCAUCCUGAAGCUUCACCUCAUGCUCCAAAUCCACAACCGGAAGAUGCUCAGAGCAGUCCAGAAGAGGAGGGCCCUGUGGUGCCUUCGACAGUCAUGCGCUCUAAGCGCAUCGAUGACAACGGCGCACAAAGUACAAUGCGCGUCCGGAGGAUAGGUGGAGCAUUGCUCAACAAACCUGUCCGGAGAGGGAUGGUACGCCGCCAUAGUGAAGAAGAGGCUGCUGAGAUUGAGCAUCAAAACUUUGAAAGAUCCAGGACACCUGAAAUGGAAGUCGGUCGGAGGGCAACAGAAGCACUAGAAGACUUGCCCGAAGACCUGUUGGCUCUACAAGGAAGCCCUAAACAGCCCAAACCCAGCAGAGUUUCCCCAAGACGUCAAUCACCAGAUUCCUCAAAGCGACACCCAUCACCACCACAAUCAAGGAUCUCCUCAAUCCAAAAGUCACAACCAACACCAGCGGUCAUCGAAUCCCGUACCUCAUCUAGAUCAUCAUCUUCGCGUAAGAAUCCUAUCUUCAAAGUUCCGCCGCUACCACCCCUGCCGUCUACGCAGGACCAGGAGAAUGAGCCACCGCCAACCUUCCGCCGAACAAAACAAGCCGUCUCUAUGCUCGACGUACAUGAGGACGAGCCGGCAUCGGAAUCAAAAGCCGCUGGUCAUGUAUCUGCCAGCGUCUCCCCAUCGCGUCCCCCUUUGACUUCAAGAUCGAACAACACUCCUCAUAGACCGGCUCCAGCUCCGCCACCAAAAAUGUCGAUUUUAGAGACCGCCACUUCCAACGCAGGAUCAAGAAACAAGAAAUCAGUCCACUACGUGCUGAACGGCAAGACUUACAGGCGGUUGGACUGUAUAGGAAGAGGCGGCUCCUCUAGAGUGUUCAGAAUUAUGGCGGAAAACUAUAAGAUUUUUGCUCUGAAGCGAGUCAACCUCGAGGAUGCUGAUAUGGCUGCAAUAGCUGGAUAUAAAGGGGAGAUUGAUCUGCUGAAAAGGCUUGAAAACGUCAAUCGCGUUAUCAGGCUGUACGACUACGAGGUGAAUGAGGAAAAGGGUGUACUCAACGUUAUGAUGGAACUUGGAGAAUCCGACUUCAACAAAAUGCUGAACGAGCAGCUCAAAAGUGAGAACGCAAAGCUUGAUAUCACAUUCACCAGACAUUAUUGGAAAGAGAUGCUGGAAUGUGUUCAAGCUGUCCACGAAUAUGAUAUCGUGCAUUCGGACCUGAAGCCUGCAAAUUUCCUUCUUGUGAAAGGCCAGCUCAAGCUUAUCGACUUUGGCAUUGCCAACGCCAUCCAAGAUAAUACGGUCAAUGUUCAUCGGGAAAAUCAAAUCGGAACUCCAAACUACAUGUCGCCGGAGUCACUGGUGUGCCACACGCCAGCAGCUGGGUCGGCAGCAGGGACAAAACUCUUGAAACUGGGCAAGCCCAGCGAUGUGUGGUCCCUAGGAUGCAUCCUGUAUCAAAUGACGUAUGGCCAGCCCCCAUUUGCUCACAUCACCAAGCAAUUCGAGCGCAUCAUGAGUAUUCCGAAUCCCAAGGUGGAGAUUCAGUUUCCUUCGACCGGCAUCGGCGGCGCUGUUGUGCCUUUCGGCCUCAUCAAAACACUCAGGCGGUGUCUGACGCGCGAACAAAGUCUGAGACCGACAAUCAAAGAAUUGCUUGGCGAGGCUGACCCCUUCCUGAACCCAGUAGCCAUCAGCCCCGACAUGCUAGGCCGCGUGAUCGGGAACGUCGUUGGGUAUUGCCGUAGAAGAGAGGAAGCGAUGAGGUCACGCGGCGAGCUGACCACCACCCCCGACGGCGCGAGCUGUUUACCCAAGGACGACGAGAUGAAAAGCUGGCCUUGGGCUUUCUACGACAAGCUGAGGCAAGCGCAGGAGGAGGGCACUGCUUGGUAG